ACAUUAAUUAGUGUAUUGCACUUGCAUUUCGUUUACAUCCCUGUUAACUAUUAAUUUUUAAAUGACAACAAAGCAAUAGCGUAUACAUAUAUAUACCAUAUACAUAUAUGCUCACUUAUAAGCUAUCUAUGGAUCAGACAAGGGAAAGCGAAAAUAAUGUCAAUGUUUAAAGCGCGUGUGAAGGAAUUCGAGGAUUUAUUCGCUCAGGAUGUGAUCGAUCUUAAGCAGUUGCGUCGCCACACAUUCAAUGGUGUGCCAGAUGUCCACAGCUUUCGGGCGAUCAGCUGGAAGAUGUUGUUGGGCUAUCUGGGCUCCAAGCGCAGCAGCUGGCCUGCCACAUUAGCCAAGAAGCGUGCACUCUACAAUCAAUUCAUUGUGGAGCUUGUUCUGCCGCCGGGACACACACAAAAUGGCGACGAUGACGGCGAUGGCGAUAAUGAAUCAAGGGGCGUUGGUCUGCAAGAUCAUCCGCUGAGCGAGGGACCAGAGAGUGCGUGGAAUACGUUCUUCAGUGACAAUGAAUUUCUGCUGCAAAUCGACAAAGACGUGAGACGUUUGUGCCCAGACAUAUCAUUUUUUCAACAGCCAACAGAGUAUCCCUGUGAAAUUGUGGUGCACAGCAAAGGGGAACAUGGUCGAAGACUGCACGAGCGAGUGGUACCCUCGGUGCUCAGCUCGGCAAAUGUUGAGCGCAAAGGUCUCGGCAUGACCAAGAUCAACUUGAUCACCAAACGCUCGGCGGAGAACUAUGCCGCCAUGGAGGAGGGUCAGGAAGCACAUUGGGAAGUUGUCCAGCGAAUACUGUUCAUCUAUGCCAAGCUCAAUCCUGGCCAGGGUUAUGUACAGGGAAUGAACGAGAUAGUGGGACCCAUUUACUAUGUGAUGGCAUCUGAUCCUGAUCUUGAGAAUCGCACAUAUGCCGAAGCGGAUUGCUUUUUUUGCUUCACUGCCCUAAUGAGUGAGAUACGCGACUUUUUUAUCAAAACAUUGGACGAUUCUGAAGGCGGCAUAAAGUGCAUGAUGUCCAAGCUAUCAAAUAUGUUGAAAGCAAAGGAUAUUGGAAUAUACGAUCACCUCAAAAGCCAAGAGUUGCAUCCGCAAUACUAUAGCUUUCGAUGGAUCAAUCUCCUGCUUUCACAGGAAUUUCCACUGCCCGAUGUGCUGCGUAUUUGGGAUUCUGUGUUCUCAGAUGAGCAUCGGUUUGAUUUUCUCAUUAAAAUUUGCUGCUCAAUGAUAUUAAUUCAAAGGGAAGCCAUCCUGGAGAAUGACUUUGCCUCGAAUGUGAAGCUGCUUCAGAACUAUCCUCCAAUUGAUAUUAAUGUUGUACUGACCCACGCAGUCUCACUGGCGUAGCAUCUUCAGUUGAACGAAUUUAAGCCUCCGCUUGCCACGUGAGAUUUCUACAGUCUGAUGAGCAAUCCGUAAAGCAAUCAAAUGACGCCAAAUCGAAAAAAAAAAACGCACUUUCUGUAAACUCUUAUAAACUAUUCUAUAUUAAUACAUAUGCUUUUGAUAACUUUUAAUUUUACAAAUGUUUUUCGUCAAUAAACCAAUGAAUUUUUAACGUAUACGUAUCAGUUAUCUAGUUCAUAAAAUCAUGUCAACUUAAAUUAAAUCUUGUGCACAAUAAGUAGCAUCGUCCUAACAGAACAUUCUGUAUAGUUCCUAAUUUACUUUCCCAUCUUGGGUGCAGUAUCCUUGCAAAUAGUCUGGGCGAUAAAUUCUAUUAAAGUGCGAGUCGGUCGACCAGCCAUGCCUCGUCUCAAAUACUCGUACUCCUUGCCUUCUGUGACCAUAACGUUGGUUGCAUCCUUUGAUAAAAACGUAAGUAAGUAAAUUGUAAUCACUUAAUCUGUAAUACUCACUAUAUGCAUCCAUUGUCCACAGGGCACAAACUCGCGGAGGAAGGCAGCAGCCUUGCAGGGACGUCCACCACGUCCAAUGCCGUAGUUCUGGACAUCAGAACGGCCUCCAGCGCGAACUGCCUUGCUAUAGUAAUUCCACAGAGGGAACCGCCACACACGAUCUCCAGUAUGCAUGCUAGCAUGCUUGAUCUGCUGCCACAGAAUUUCUGAAUUGGUGAAGACGCCACAAGCUGCUUCGUCCAAGGCCUGUCGCAUGUAUCCCGAACAGGUACCAAUAUCAAUGAUGCACUUGGGACAGAAGUUCUGACCGUACAACAAAGCAUCGGCCAAGACAAGCACAUCCUCAUGAUCUGUACAUUGUACCUCGAUGGUCUUUCCAUUCAUCGACUUAACCAUGUCACCAGGGCGGAAGGAGUUGCAUCCCACAACGUUCUCGCAAAGGGGAAUGAGACCACGAAUGUUUACGGGUAAUCUCAGUCCAGCAACAGCUCUGCAUGUGGCUACCACAACUGCAGCUCCAGUCAUGUCGCCACGCAUAUGGAAAAGCUCGUCACGCUCCUUAAGACACAAGCCACCAGCAUCAAAGGUCACACCUUGGCCCACCAACACGAUGGGUCGCUCCUCAGCACAAGUUCCAUAAUAGCUCAGCUCCAGGAAGAUGGGAGGUUCACAGGAAGCUUUGCCCACCGCAAGGAAGGCGUGCAUAGACUGACUCUCAGCCCAUCCUUCAACCUUAACUUCGACGUUGACGCCAGACUUGCAAAGCACCUCGACCACAUUUUGUGCAAAUGCUGUGGGCGUCAGCAAGUUGGAAGGCAUCUCCUGCAGUUGUCUGGUGAGGUUCUGAGCAGCCGCUUUCUGCAAGCCGAUUCGCCAACCUUCAAUGUCGCAAACCUCGUCCUUGGUUGCAUACAAAUCAAUGGAAGGCACAGCCAUACGCUUCUUGGGAUCGCGUAAUUCCUGAUACACCCAAAUACCCAAGGCAGCACCUUCAGCAGCAGACUCCGCGUGGCCACAGUUCUCGACUUCGAUUCGAUCAGUGUCCAGCUCGGCCAAGAUACGGCAAGCAUUAGCCACCGAACGACGGAUUGCUUCUUUCUGCUCAUCGAGCACCUCAUAAGGAUUGUAGCCCAGACAUUCCUUGCCCAAUCCCACUACAGCUACAGCUGAAUAAUAGGGCACACGCUCCGGCUCAAUAGCGAAGAGCAUUCGCGUUUCACCUCGCUUUGGCAUGGGACCAGACAUACGCAGCACUUCGAGGAGUCGUCCAUGUGUCUUCUGGACAUUGUAUCGCCAGCCCGCCUGGGUGAGAAUUCCAGCAUCAUUCUUGUCCUCCUCGUCCGCAUAGACACCAAUGAUGAGACCACGUGAGGGAGGAUCUGCGCAUAUUUCCAUUUGUUGAAUCUGCAACAUUUGGUUGAUCAUCUGCGAGUAAUUCCUUUUAACCACUGGCAUUUUAAAUUUCAGAGCACGGCUGGCAAGUUUUCCCGUUGCACGAAUCAUUUUGUCUAUUUUAUCUUUUAUCAACCACCGGUAAAAGAAAAUAAAAUUGAAAAAACCUAAAUAUA